AUGUCCACAACCACUAUCGCGUCUCUACCAGAAGAGAUCCUCCUUACAAUCUUCGAAUAUCUCGACUCGCCACCUCCAUCACAGCUCAAAUCGCGUCUGGAACCGACUCUCGACCUCACCAAGAGCAACAACCACAUCUACAAAUCCAUCUCCCAAGUCUCCCACCUCUGGCGCCGAAUCAUCCUCCCUCUCCUCUUCCGCUACUCGCGCCUCCGCCUCGAUGUCCCACCACGGAAAGAAUGGUCCGAAUGUUCAGCAUGUGGCGAGCAUCAACCUGCAUCCACAACCAUCGACCAUCCAGUAGAUGAACACCAUAACCCCCUCUUCGCCACCGCCUACAAAAACAUCAACACCGCCACCGCCAACCACAGUGAACAUUCCCCCUCCCGCGGCCCCAAUUUCAUCCUCUCCACCCUCCACUGGGCCUCCCGCAUCCACCACUCCCUAACCGACUACCUCGCCUUCCUGCAACGCAACAACCUCCCCGCGUCAAUCCACUCCUUCGCCCUCCUGACCAACUGCAUGAUCGAAGAAUCCCAACAUCGCUUCCCGCACCGCAUGGCCGCCACGUAUGACUACCGCUACCGCGCCGCCGCCGACCUGUGGCAUCAGUUAUUCAAAGCCGUACCGGGACUGAAGCGGGUGGUGAUCGUGGCGCCGCCGGCGGAUCUGGCAUGUUUGACGAAUUGCGCGAUUGAUUUGUUCGGGGAUUGGGCGUUUGAGGAUAUGGGGUUUCAUGUUUUGGAGGUGAGGGUGGAUUCUUCUCCUCUUACUAACAACGCCACUCCAAGAGGGACGGUUCAUGGGUAUGGACAGCUAUACGCACACGAGGUUAUCAGCUCUACAGCUACAAUCCCCUCCUACGUCCCCGCCGAGUAUCCCGGGGUGGCGCCCUCGAGUAUCCUCAAAAUCCGCGCUUGGUCGCACCUCAGCCUCAACGAAGGCUCCUUCCUCCGCGCCUACGGCACCUACGAAUACUUCGAACGCGGGCCCCCUUCCCUCAUCUACUCCAUCAAAGACUGCGUCUCGUCCAACCGCCGCGCCUGGCGUCCCCACAGCCAAAGCUGCAUGGACCUGUCGGCGCUGAAGUCCUUCACAUACACCGCCAUCCUGCCCUUCGCGAACCACUGCGACUUCCGCGGCUUGCUCCCCUACAUCGACGAGCUGGACAUCAAACUCGCGCCAGAUCCCACUUCAGGGAUCUUGCAGGACAAAGACCGCGUGGGCAAAGCCGAGUUGGAAGAUUGCUGGUCCGAGUUCUUCCACGCGUAUCGUGCCAUCACGAAGCCUUUCCGGACGUUUGAGAUUCGAAAGGAUGGGACGCCCAAGCUCAAGAAAUUCAUAUGUCGGGAUGUCAGCACACCCGCGUUGGUGUAUGAGCUUGAUGAGGAGUUUGUGCCGCUUUGCUUGCCGGUUUGGGCGGAGAUGGAGCCGGGCGUGUUUGUGAGGCGGGAGACGUAUCCUCCUUCGUACGGUCCCGAGAUCAUGUGA